CGGGUUCCUGUUUGGCGGCAGAAGUCGCAAUUAAUUACUGCGUAGUCGAUUGUUUGAAAAAUACAAAUAAUCAGUAAAGGUUAUGUCGAGAAAAGAAUCUUGCCGGUGGCGACUAGACGAUUAAACAUAAAUUACUCGAAUAAAUAAUAUUUAAUAAUACUGAUAAUAAUGGAUCUCUCGGCCACCCAAGUUUAUGAGGAUGAGGACGAGGACUUAUCAUUCACUCAGAAAAUUGUACUAGAGGAGGAAGAGUCAGUGCAGGUUGGAAUGUUAAGUAUUGGUACCACAGACUAUCAGAUCAAAGCAGGGACUACAAAAAUUGGUAGUAGGCUUGGUAGCUGUGACAUUGUUAUUAAUGACAUAACAGUAUCUGGACUACAUGCAGAAAUUCAAGCUAAUAAAGGCGAAGGAUCGACCUGGAUCUCAGAUCUAAAUUCUACCAACAAGACUAAGCUUAACAAUACAAGAUUACAACCCACUCGUUUCUACGAACUCAAAGAUGGAAGUGUUAUUGAAUUUGGCACAGUGCAUGCGACUUAUCGUACAUAUCGUCCAGCCGAUGAUAUAGUGAUACCAGAAACGCCUGCACCAUCGCGGCAGAAAGUUGGGAAUACAAUAAUUCCGAAUACGCCAGACUCAUCUCUCAACAAUUCAUCCAGUUUGGAUGAUGAUGGAUCCGUCAUUCUUGGAACUCAGAAAGAUGACGAGAACAGCGUCUUUCGGCGGCCGCGGAUUCCACAACAAUGUCAAUCUACAAGCAGUAAAAAGAAUACCUCCCUGAAUGAAAGCAAUGACUCGCGAAUUGCUACAUUGAACAUGUCUGAUAUUAACAUUGGCAAAGAACAAGUCAGUAUAUUUGAUGCAGAAACGCAGAAUUUUGAGGAGGGAUGUAAAAUGGCAUCAAGUUCCAUUCAUGAUAUGGAGACGCAAGGAGUCCUCAUAGAUACAUCCGAGCAUUUUGUUGAAGCAAAUACUAAAGCUGAUAAGCAGCUGUCAAAAUUAAAUAUUAAUAAAACAGCUAGCAGAUCUGUGAUGGAUAUCCACGAUAUAGAAACGCAAAGUUGUACAGACGAUAAUGAAAUUAAUGAAAUGGAGACUCGAACGAGCAAAGUUAAUAUUCAAAAUGUAACAAAAAAGAAAGUUACAAUGGAUACUUAUACUAUGAAAAGGCAAGUUUAUACCGACGAUACUGAUAAAGGUGGCAGCAAUUCUCAGAAAUCUGAAAUUAGCAAGAAUAAUGGUCGAGAGAAAAAUUUAGCUCAGGUCAGGCGCGAUAUUCACGAUUUAGAGACACAAAAGUUUGAUAAUAACUAUAUCGCAGAAGAUGUAUCUGACUUGGAAACUCAACUUGAAUUGGAUGGCAUUGCAAGCGAGCAAAGCAGAGAUAUAUCUAACUUGGAAACUCAACUUGAAUUGGGUGGCAUUGCAAACGAGCAAAGCAGAGAUAUAUCUGACUUGGAAACUCAACUCGAAUUGGGCGGCAUUGCAAGUGAGCAAAGCAGAGAUAUAUCUAACUUGGAAACUCAACUUGAAUUGGGCGGCAUUGCAAGCGAGCAAAACAGAGAUAUAUCCGACAUGGAAACUCAAUUCGUGACGGAUGAUACGGCAAAUGAGAAAAAUGAUCGAGCCAACAAAGAUAAAGAUAAAGACAGUACAGUAGAAACCACUAACGAUGGGAUAAAUCACGAGAACAUUACGAAGUCAUCCAGAUCCAGCAGUCCCGGAUCUUUGAAUUUAUCUUCACCAGGAGUUGAAGAUCGUACCUCCUCACCAUUAAAUCAGAGCGACCAUUUGCUUGAAUCAACGUAUUUAUUAGAGUUCUUUGGCAAAGAUAUUGAUAAGCAAGAAAAAGUGCAAGCAUUUAAUGCGUCCACGCCGAAAUCGCUUACGAAAGUAACAUUGGAAAGAAAUAGUAACGUCGUAAAUAUGCAAAAUGCGGUGAACAGCGGAGAGAAUAACGACGAAGACAUAUUCGAAGCACUCACUCAACGCAACAGUCGCAAAUUUGAAGCUUUAAUGUCAGACGAUUCCGAGACCAACGAGGAAGAUGCGCUUAUAAUGCGCAAAGUUUCGAAGAAAACGCGUGGAAAGCCUCGAUUGGAACAAAUCAACGAUGAUUCAGACACGGAUGCAGAGGAAUACGUUGCAGAACUUGCUAAAAAGCAGCAUGAAUCUUCAGGAACUUUAAAUAAGCUAUCUAAUGAAUAUACAAGUAAUAGAAAUGACCCUGGCACAAGUGUCGAAUCUGAAGAUAUUUUUGAUGUACUAACGCAACGAUUGGACAAUCCUACGACUAAGGAUACAUCGGAUUCUUCGAUUAAUCAACCACAAAAAACUAAUGAAAUUGAUAGGGCUGUUGAUGAUAUAGAGCCAACGCAAAUUAUAAAUAACAUUGAUCAGGACACUCGAACAAACAUGUUAGACGUUAAUGAUGUGGCGCCUACUCAACUCAUUUUAUCGCGUGAAACUUCACCAAAAACGGUUAUUAAUUCUAAAGACUUUGCGACAAAAAAUAAUCAAAAUGAUGUGGAUGAUAUGACAACCACGCAUAUUAUUAACUCAAAAUCGGUCGAUUGUUGUACAACAGAAAAUCUUGAUCGUGAAAAUAUAGAUUAUGAGCUUGCACCUACACAAGUAAUUGGUGAAGUUGAGGAUACAGAAAAGAGAAAUUCCACUCACAAAAAAGACUCUCCUCAGGUAAAUUUAAAUGACACUCUCGAACAAAAACUCAAUGAGAUGUUUAAUAAUGUAAGUAACGAUAAUAUCAGUAAUGAUAAUGUAAGUAACAUUCAUGAGGUAUCGAACAUGUCGACGCAGUGUCUGGAAAAUAUUCUGGAAUCAUCGCAAUGCGAUGACCCUACUAAUAAAUCCAUCGCUAGCAACAGAGGUACAAAUAGCGUGUCACGAAAGCAAUUAAGAAAGAAAAGUCAUGUACCUUGUGAUCAACAUUCACAUAAUUUAUUAGAGACUGAAGUAAAUGAUGUAAAUACGGCAGAAACUGAUUCGCAAGAUAUUUAUUUUUCUACUAUUACUACAAGACGAAAGAGAAAUAUUUUAAGAGAUACACAAGAGUUCGAGGAGAAUGUAAUUUCUUGUCAACAUGUUGAUUCUUUGCAGGCAUCUAAAGCAGACAAUGAGAAACCCACGGAUGAUGAUACAGAUGUGGAAUCUAAUAAGAGAAGAAAAAUAAUUUUGUCAAAGACGAAAAACAAAUCCGAUGGAAUAAUGGAAACAUUAAACGAUGAUAACAGAAAUGGAACCAUCUCAAGCGGAAAUAACGAAAAAAGUCUUCGAAGUUCGAAAGCAACAAGACAGAAGGAUGAAGCCGCACCGGAAACGAGCAAAGAAGUCUUGGGAAUAGAUUCAGCUAAAGUCGAGGACGCAGAAGAGAACACAUCGAUUUGCAUACCUUGCCCAUCAACAGAUGGACAACGUGCGCAAAAGUUGGAUACAUUAUAUGAGAUUGACGAUGACAUUCUAACGCGGUUACCAGCAGUUAGAAUAUCGGGAACAGUCUCAAAUCCUGCGAGUCCUUCUGCGUCAUCGACAUCGACUGUACGGAGUACAAGAUCCAAACGACAUAUCGCGAAAAAUAAACGGGAAAAACGUUCAUCUUUGACAGGAAAAUCACCAUGCGAACAGAAUGUUGGGAAUUCAGAGAAAAACGAUCUCAGAGAGCCGUCCGUUGAUAGUCAUUCAAAUUCUGUACCCGAUACUCCAACGACUGCUAAAAUAUCAAGCCUUGUGGACACUUCUGAGGAUAGCGGAACUGAUAGUGAAACCGAUAACGAAACCAAAUACAAGCGAUUCCAACAAAUGGCAGACAGAAUGUUAGGUAAUGACCUUGGUUGUCUGAAACGGCAAAAUAAAAGACGCAGGAAAAAAAUUCGUGUUUCACCAGAUGUCUCAGAGGAUCCAAAGCAAAGUAUGGAUGUCGAAUCGAAUAAUCCUGCGCGGACCAGUUCGAGGAUAACACGACAUUCUAGUAGACAAAGUGACAACAGUUCGCCUGAUCUUCAGAGAGAAGCUUGCGCGAAAAAUACAGCCUACAGAGACAAAUCAACGGAGUCAGAUACGAAAUUUACUAUCUCCAAAAGAAAGACAUCUCCGAGUAUGGUAGAAGAAAUCAUGGAGCAGAUUAAUAAGAAGAAACAUAAAACAGCUCAAGUCGCUGAGGAAUGUCCAGUUUCUACGCGUAGUUUAAGAAGUAAUAUAAAAACGGCAACCGAUAGGCAAUCCCCAAAUAACCUUAAUUUUACUAAAAUGAGUACAUGUGCAGGUCCCUCGAUGAUUGAAAAUACGAAGUGUUCCGAUGAUAACAAAGCAGUAUUUAAAAUUGCCCUGGAAAAAAUUCAAGAGACUUCCUUAAAUACGGAAACAGAGGGAAAUGUCGAUUCUGAAGGAUUCAACGUUAGACGAACCAGGCGUAUGAUUUAUGACAAACAAGUCAUGAUACCUAUUAUCAGUGAUAUAAUUGCGAAUGGAAGCAAUAAGAGAGAUAAAACAGCUCAGACAAAAGUAACAGAAGAGCAAGCGAGUGAGUCACAAGACAAGGUUCUGAGAGUUGUGCUUACUCCCAUAAAGAGUCCCGUAGAUGAUGCAUCCCAAGAGGUCGAGAGAAUUAUGGCGAAAGGUCCAAGUAAUGUGCAAGAUAAGAAUUUAUCAGUCAGAGAAAGCAGUAAUGCAAAGAUAUUCCAAAGAGAAUUAAGAAUCCGUCGCAGGAAACGAUCUAAUUCGGAUAUGCAAACGGAAUCUGUUUUAACUGAAAGUGGUAUUUCGUCUGAGCUAGAAGACUCUGAUAAUACGCAACUUGACAAUCCUGCGCCAAGAGCUAAACGUGGAAGAGCUGCUAAAAGUUCCGUCUUUUCGCUGCCAGAAUCACAAGCCUCGAAAAAGAAGGAAACAUUUAAAAGGCCUACUCGUGUUAAGAAUUCUUCAAAUUUGACUCUUGAUUCUUCUACAGAAAAUAUGAUUAGCGAAAGUAGCCAAGGCAGUACGGAAAGUGACGCUUCGACAAGCUCUAGAGUUUCAAGAUCGAAGGCGGCAAGCAUGAAAAAGAAGGAGAAGACGGAGUUGAAUCAAAAUACUCAUAGACUAAUUGAUGAGAGUGCUUCAGGAUCAAGUACAAGUGGAGAAGUUAUAUCUCUUUCAACGCCUUCCAAAACGCGCAGGAGUGCGUCUAUUCUGAGUAAUUCCACACCAUUUGCAAUGAGACAUAAAGUUUUGUUUACGGGUAUAACGGAUAAUAUAACGGAAGAUUAUAGUAAGAUUGUUAAAGCGUUAGGUGGAAGCAAAGUGGAAGAUCCGGCAAAGUGCACCAUUUUGGUUACUGACAAAGUUCGCCGAACGUAUAAAUUUUUAUGUGUGUUAGCGAAGGGUCUACCCAUAGUGGCGAUCGAUUGGCUGAGGGAUAGUGAAGCGGCGGCGCGGUUUCUAGCUUGGGAAAAUUAUAUAUUAAAGGAUCCCGCUGCUGAAGCCAAGUUCGGUUUCAGACUAAGGAAGAGUCUUGACAAAGCUAAGGAGAAAAAAUUGCUGGAUGGCUAUAUCGUUGUAUUGACGCCGAGCAUCGCGCCACCGCCUAUAGAAGAAUUGAAAGAUAUGGUGUCGUCUUGCGGCGGAAAAGCUUUAGUACGUCCACCGACCAAAUGGCCCGAAAGAGCGGUGGUUUUGUCUCGUGAAGAAGAUUUGCCAAAUGCAAAAAAGUUUCUCGCUAAAGCACCGAAGACUGUUACAGUACAAUCUACAGAAUUUAUUUUGACGGGUAUCUUAAGGCAGGAAACGAAUUUUGACAAGUAUAAGUUAAAAUUAUAACCAGUGAUCCUUGAUAAUGCUAUAAAUUAUGAAUGUCGUAUCCAUAUUUCGGUUAUUAAUUUAGAGACUAGUCUACAAUGCUAUGUACUGUUACAUUUCUAGUAUAUGAAAAUCAGGUGCAAUGGGAUUUUAAAACUUCUUUUAUAUUGUAUUUAUGAAACUCAAGAAAAUCUGCUCUGUUCUUAUGUAAGUUUUGCUCCUAAACUAGCAGUCAUAUUAAUUUCACAAAAUUUUCAACGUUUUAAAGCAGGAUAAAGAAUUAAAUUCUGAAAUUAAUAUGUUUAUAAAGUUGAAUUAUUUAUAUAC